AUGCUUCUAGUGCCUUCCGUCCAGGUCAAGCAUCAGGGAUCCGAUCAGAGUCCACGGAUUAGGUCAAGCUUCAAGGUCCAGGUCAAGGUCCACGGUUUUCAGUAUCCAAUCCAUCCAGGAAAAGCAUCAAUGUUCCGAUCUCCCAGCUAUGGUCAUAGCUUUUAUCUAUUACUAGUGUCAGCCAUCCAGGUCAAGUGUCAAGGACCCGAUUUCCCGGCAAUGGGUAUAGUCAUCCAGGUCAAGCAUCUAGGUUCUGAUCGCCAAUCCAUGGUUAUAGCCAUCCAGGACAAGCAUCAAGGUUCCGAUCUCCCAGCUAUGGCUAUAGUCAUCCAGGUCAAGCAUCUAGGUUCUGAUCGCCAAUCCAUGGUUAAAGGUAUAAAACAACAUUAUGGGCGUAUACUCACUAGUUUUAAUCUAGUUCUAGUCUCCAGCCAUCCAGGUCAAGCAUCAAGGUUCUACUCGCCCGUCCAUGGUGUUUUCCAGAUCAAGCAUCAAGGUUCUGAUCUCCCCGCCAUAGUUAUAGAUUUAAUAUAUCUCCAGUCUCCAGCUAUCCAAAUCAAGCAUCAAGAUUCCGAUCUCCCCGCCAUGGUUAUAGUCUCCAGCUAUCCAGGUCAAGCAUCAAGAUUCCCAUCUCCCCGCCAUGGGUAUAGUUCUAGUCUCCGGCCAUCCAGGUCGAGCUUCAAGGUGCUGAUCUCCCGUUAUAUGGUUAUAGAUAUAACAAAAAUCGAUGAGCAAUCACACUCGGCUUUAUUUAUUUCUAGUGUUGAAUCCACCAAGAUCAUGCUUCACGGAUCCGGAUUCAGUCCGUGGCUAUAG